UACACGCUAUUAGGAUCAGACCAAGUUUCGAAUUCAAUACUAUAUCAAAGGGGCGUAUUUUCCUCCGCGUCCGUCUUCCACAGUAUUCCGACAUUUUAGGCUCCAUCUUUCGCUAUUUUUCAGAUUUCUUCCCCUUACGCCUUCCAUUUUUUAAUAUUAAAAAUAAUCCAUCACUGCUCUACAUCUAAACAUUUUUCUUAGUUUUUUAUCCAAUUUGAGAUGGUCAGAUUUGUUAUUCUUCUAGUCUUAUAUUUUUUCUAUAUUCAUUGUGAUGGGAAAAAUAUAGAAGUUGAAUUGAAAAUCAAAGAUGAUUGGGAAGAUAAAAGAGAAUUUAUUUAUUUAAAGAGUGUUGAACUAAACGAACGUUUUGUGCUAAAAACAAUCAAAAGGAGCAAUAAUCAACAUGCUUGCUUUUAUGAAAAUAUAGAGAGAUUCUUGCAUUUGGUUCAAUUUAACCGUCAAAAAAAUAUUUUUAAAGUUGAAAUAAAAGAUUGUUCAAGAUUUAUUCCAACUAGUCAGUUAAAUAAGAAAGUUGUGAUUGAAAUUGCCAAUAAUGAAAUUAUUCAAAAAAUUUUGCCGAGAAUUGAAAAACGAGUAAAUUAUAAAAACGAGUAA